AUGUCCCUCUCACCCGCGGCCUCCAUCUCGAACGGCUCCGAGCUGCCCAGCAAGCGGCGGCGCACCAGCGUCACCACGAACGGCAACUACAGCGCGCAGAUGGCCGGCGGGUCGCCCCAGGCGAGCAGCCCCGGCGGCGCGAGCGCGCACAACGCGGAGGGCCAGCAGUCGGCGCACAUCCCGAAACGAGGAGCACGGGCGUGCACAAACUGUCGGCGUGGCAAGAACAGGUGCGAGGGCGAGGCUCCCUGUCGUCGAUGUCAAUUGAGCGGUCAGCCUUGCAUCUUCGAAAAACCGGAAAAGAAAAACGUACAGGCUCUGUCCAAUGCCGGCAUCGAGCGUCUAUCCAGGCUUGAGGGCCAAUAUAUGGUGCUGCAGAGUCACAUGCUAGGCCUUCAGAAUUCCAUGGACAGGAUCCUGUCGACGCUGCAGGCCAGCCAGGCCCAGCAUUCCCCCGCAGGCCUCCCCCCCUCACCAAUGUACCCGCCCACCGUUCGCGCGCCAGCACAGUUUCCGGCACACCGCGAAGACAUGGAGAUGUACUCGCCCGCCGAUGAGCGACCAAACGGCCAACAACGGUCCUUCCCUCCGCUCCCUGGCUUUGCCCCGCCGCCUCACAAAUACGCUACAUACGGUAUCGUCCCGUCUACUGCCCCGUCGUCGGACGACGAGUCGGAAGACACCCUCCCCCGCUCCACCCUCAACGCCCCUAUCGAAGCCCUGCAGGGUCUGGCGAACGCAGCCGCAGAAGCUGCAGCGGCGCCUUCUGCAUCUCCGCCCAGGGUGAAGAAACGCAAGAGAGCAGAGCCUACUCCUAGAAACGCGUUCCCCCACGUAGUAGAAAAGGGCUUGGUCUCCGACGCCGAAGCCAGAGAGCUCUACCACAUCUUCUUCUCCGGCUGCCACCUCUUCAUCCCGCUCUUCGACCCCGCCUACGACACCUACGAGUCGAUUAUGGAGCGCUCCCCGUGGACGUUUGACGCCAUCCUCGCCGUCGCGUCCAAGAUCAAGGGCGGCUCCGGCCCGCUCUCCGAGACGUUCUACCGCUGCCUCGACGAGGCGCAGGGCAUCGCGCGCUCGAGCCUCUUCGGGCCCGUCGUGCGGAAGGAGGCGGUGCAGGGCAUGCUGCUGCUCGCGGCGUGGAGCACGAACGGGUGGCUGCCCAGCGGGCACGCGAUGCGCAUGGCGCUCGACCUGGGCCUCCACCGCGCGCUCGAGAAGCUCGCGGAUGGAAACGGGAAGCACCGGACGGACGAAGAGGAGAGGAAUUUAGUCGUCUCCGCCAGGAUAUGGUUGUGCCUCUACUGGUUCGACCACCAGAUGAGCUUGGGCACCGGGAGGCCUAUCGUUCUGAGGGAUGAGAGCUCGAUCAGACACUGCCGCAUACUGCUGUCACACCCUAUGGCUUCACCCACGGACGUCAGGCUGAUAUCUCAAGUGGAAUUGAUCGCGCAAAAGACUCAGAUAUAUGAGACGUUGUCUCCGCUGAAUGGCCAGGUAAACCAUAGCACGCUGGGUUUCAUCAACCGUGCCAUCAAGGCCCUGGAUAAGUGGUGGCAAGACUGCGACGAACUUCACCGCCAGACCAUGGACGAAGAAUCUUUACUGCGCAAGAUGCUCGUGUGUGAGCUGCAUUAUGCCAAACUCUGGCUAGUGUGCGUGGCCCUGCGCGGGGUUAGUUGGGACAAGAUGCCAUUUGAGCAACGGGAGCUCGCAUUUCAAGCGAAAGAUGCCGCAACCAAUUGUCUCUCGACUUUCCUGAAUUCUGCAGCAUUCAGAGCGGCGUUACGGUACGCGGUGCACGACACCCUCGUGACCGCCUCCUUCUCGGGCUUGUUCCUCCUGAAAAUGGCGAACCUGUUCCCCUCGGAACUGGACCUCCCCGCGAUCGUCGUGCAGGUGGAACAGCUCUCGCAGCUCCUCUCCGACGUCGCCGCCGAGCGGUACGCCCUCACUCUAGGCAUCAUGCUCGCGAACCUGCGGCGCAAACUCGGGCUUACGAUGGGCCCGCCUCCGCCACAGUCCGCCGUGCCGCCGCCGGCGGGCGCGGAGGGCAUGUUCAUCUCCUCCAAUUAUGUAGACCCGACCAUCAUGCCGCAGCCGUUUACGAUGGAGGAAUUGGGCUUUGCAUGGCCCGCGGGGAACGGUCCUACGGAUCGAGGAGUGUUCAGUCCAUCGGCCAUCCCGCCCUGGCUGCGCGAACAGAGUCUGACAGACCUUGGCCUGCCCAUCAACGGCUCGGAUGGUAUAUUCCUGCAAAUGGGCAACCCGAACGGGUGGUCGGGCGACUUCGCCCCGAUGCCAGAAGCAUGGUGA